AUGAAGUGGUGUUGUUUCUUAUUCUGGUUUGUCUAUCGGCUUAUACUCGCAUGCCUUCCGUUCUGUUGUUUGAAGAGUCCUAGUGAAAGUGUGCUUAGGUUCCUUGCGGUGUACACGAAUUGUGUUUACUUCACGUUAUGGAAAAGUUACGAUUUGCUUUGGUUUUGGAUGCAUCUGACGCUCUGUUCUUGUUUUCAAUCCCUGCGCCGUGAAAACUACAUCGUUGUAUGGAGUAAUCUCAUCUAUAAGCGUUACACGAAGUAUGCGAAUCGUAGCUACAAGGUAACUCUCGAAAGCCGGUGGUUCUUUUUGCGUUUGUUUACCUCAUUUGGUACGUUUAUUUUUGUUUCAGCAUUCGAUAUAUUGGCUCCAAACUACACCAAUACUUACGACAUACUGGAUGAGAAGAAAAGGGAAAGACGAGCGAAGAGAGAUCGAAAAGCGCUAACGCAGCGACUGCGUCGUCGCAGACGGGAAGAAUUGCGUGAGCUGGCCCGUCAAGAGCGGAGGCGGAAGAAGAUAGCCGAUUCAAUAGAAUUACUGCUUCAGCUCUUGAGAAUGAUGACGUCAUUUGCUGUGUUAGUAGGAAAUAUACGAAAAACGUUCAUCCCCGCUCAGUUCAAAUACCUUAAACCGGGACAGCAUGCGUAUGAUAAUUACGAGCUUCUUUUGUUGUUUAGGGUUACAACGUUUCUUGACGUAAGUAUGUUCUGGACGAACGUGAUGUGGGUGUAUUGUCUCCAGUGGCAUUUAUGUUGUCGCCUUGGUUUGCUAAGAUUCUGGGUUUGGCUGGCGAUUCUAUCCUUUGUCGCAAUAGUUGUAAUGCUCGCUCCAAUGAGCUACGCUAUGAACAAACUCGACUUGAGCUGGUGUCGCUUCCGAAUCAAUUCAACCUUAGAGAAGUACCAGCCAAAGUGGUGA